AUGACUGAUCUAAACAUAUAUAUUCCAGUAACUAAUAAGAAUUUUGAAGAAAAAGUAAAUUUAAAAAAAAAAAAAGAGUCAGAUACUUUAUUAAAAAUACCAGAAACUUGGAAUUUUAAUAGAGAUUUAUCUAAUGUAUCAUCUAUUUUUAAAGAAAAAAUCAAGUGGGAUUCUUUAUCUCUUAAAAAAAUUGAAUUUCAUUGGAAAAAUUAUCCAUAUUAUUUAAAGUAUGAUGCUUAUAAAUCUAAACAAGAGAAAAAUCAAGAGAAAUAUCAGAAAAUAGAAUAUAUAAAAAGUUUUCCAGAAUAUAUAAGUGAUAAUUCUAAAACAAAUAUUACUAUUCUUAACGAAGAUAAUCAAAUAAUUAAAAAUAAUGAAUUAACUGAUAACAAUUUGACUAAAAAACCAAAUUUUCAUUCUAAAGCUUUAGAUAAUUCACAGAAGAUAACAUAUAAAAAUCAUUCAACAAUUUCUAUUCAAAAAAAUAAUGAAAAAUCAUUACUUUUUAAAACAAAUUGCAACAUCUCAACACAUGAAUUUGUUUCAAAAAAAGAAUCAUUUAAUUAUCCAAUAUCUCCAAUUGCUCGCAACCCAUUUCCACUAACGAUACUUGGUAAAAGCGUUAUUUCUGGUCUUUCAUCAAAUGAUACACUUCUUAGAACUUGCUUUCGUGUAGGAGAGGCUCUUAAAGUAUCUAAUCUUCAAAAAAACUCUAUGAUUAUUUAUCUUAUAGAAUUUUUCGGCAUUAUAAAGGAAUUUAAUAAGGAAAAGAGCCUUUUCACAUACGUUAUUGCAGACUUAUUUCAUCCUUUAAGAGGACCAUAUAUUUAUGCAUCAUAUCAUGACUAUCAUAUUACAAUUACUUUUCAAAAUAACGAUAUAGUAAGAAUUUUAGGAGUAUUCAAAAAAAAUAGAACAAGAAACGAAAUAAACGUUAUAAAAAUGUACCCAUGUACAUGGGAAAAGAUACAGCAUAUCAAGGAAACAAUGAAAUGA